CAAACACGCAGCUCCGACUGUCUGACAGCGCCUCAUGUGACUUUUCCUCAUUGUGUCCAGCAGAGACUGUUGAACGCAGCGACAGAGGAAGAGUGAGACAACCAUCCGGAGAGGAGAGGAGUGAAAAAGCGAGCGAUAAAUCAGCAUUAUGGCGCUGCGGGACGAACUUUUAAAGUCUAUCUGGUACGCGUUUACGGCUCUGGAUGUGGACAAAAGCGGGAAAGUGUCCAAAUCCCAGCUGAAGGUUCUGUCCCACAACUUAUGUACCGUCAUGAAGAUUCCACAUGAUCCGGUGGCACUGGAGGAGCACUUUAAGGAUGAUGAUGAGGGUCCCGUGUCCAACCAGGGAUACAUGCCGUACCUGAACAAGUUUAUCCUGGAUAAGGUGACAGAUAACUUUGACCGUCAGGACUUCAACAAAAUGUGCUGGACACUGAGCUCCAGGAAGAACCUGGAACGAAGCCAGCUGCUCAUCUCCGACGACGACGCCUUUAAGAUCUGGUGCAUCUUCAACUUCCUGUCUGAGGACAGAUACCCGCUGAUCAUCGUCACUGAGGAGAUCGAGUACUUCUUGCGGAAGCUGACGGAGGCGAUGGGGGGCAGCUGGGUGGAGGAGCGUUUCGAAGACUACAAGCUGAAGCUGAGCUCAAAGCAGCAGUGUCUGAAUGCCUGGGAGCUCAUCAGCCUGGUGGGAUCGGGUCACUUCAGCAAGGGCAUGGACCGCCAGACGCUCUCCAUGGGCAUCAGCGAGGUCUACCAGGAGCUCAUCUUGGAUGUGCUCAAACAGGGCUACAUGAUGAAGAAGGGUCACAAGAGGAAGAACUGGACGGAGCGCUGGUUCAUGCUGAAGCCCAGCUGCAUCUCCUACUAUGUUGGGGAGGACCUGACUGAAAAGAAAGGAGACAUUCUGCUGGACGGAAACUGCAGUGUGGAGCCUUUACAAGACAAAGAUGGAAAGAAGUGUCUUUUCCUCAUCAGAUCAUCACAAAAAAGCUUUGAAAUCAGUGCGUCAGACAAGAAGAAGAAGCAAGAGUGGAUCCAAGCCGUUCAGACCUGUGUGAAUCUACUGCGUCAGGGUCGACCAGCGCCGCACCGUGAGGCCCGACAGAAACGUCGGGACCUGCGACUGAAGCAGCAGGCUGAACAGGAGGAGCUGGAGCUGAGGAUGAGGGAGCUGCAGACUGCCAACGAGGCCAAACAGCUCGAACUAGAGAACAUGAGGAAGGCUCUGGAGGAGGCUGCAGCUAACGCAGCGGAAGAAGAAAAAAGACGCCUUCAGACCCAAACUGAACUUCAAGACCGCUACAGGAUGGAUCUGGAAAGAGAAAAAAUGGUACGACAGCAGAUGGAGGAGCAGGUGGCCCAGAAGUCCACUGAGCUGGAGCAGUACCUGCAGAGGGUCCAUGAGCUGGAGGACAUGUAUCAUCAACUGGAGGAUGCUCUGGAGAACGAGAGGCACGCCAGACAGGACGAGGAAGCUGCCCGCAAGCUGCAGGCACGGUUACUGGAAGAGGAGGCCAUGAAGAGGGCAGAGUUGGAGCAGAUCCACCUGCGGCAGCAGAUGGCCAUCUCAGAAACAGAGGCUGAGAAACAGGAGCUGGAGAGGGAACGUCUGGCCAAGGAGAGCGCCCUGCAGGCCGCGAUGCAACAGCUGGAGCAGCUGGAGCAGGAGAGGCAAGGGGCGCUGGAGCAGUACCAGACGGUGAUGAAGAAGCUGGAAGAUGCAACCAACAACACCAAGACAUGGAAGCACAAAGUGGCUCAACAUGAGGGGUUGUUACGGCUCAUUCAACCAGGUUCCAAAGGACAGCAGAGGAUCACAAACUGGGGCCCAGCAGCCUUUUCUGAUGCAGAGCUCAGUCUGAGAGAGAAGAAAUGGCAGGAGAUGAAGAACCAGGCGGCCCAGGCUCAGUAGAGUUACUCUAAGCCCUCAACCUUCAACAAGUCUCUCAUUCAAAACAAGGCAAGAGGGGGAUGCUGGAAUACAUGGUCUGUGAUGAAGCAUAUUCUGAGUAGUGUCUGGAAGGAAACCUGCUAACUGGAGUUUUUAGUGAAAUCCAAAUAUGAGAUUUACCAGGAUAAAAAGGCAUUUUAUUUUUACGGGCAUUAAGUAAUCCCUGACCUUUAUCCCGUCUAUGAGUCUUUAGUGUUGACAAGUUGGAAUCAGCACUGAUAGAACUGGUAAAAUUUCAAGCCUCUUUUAUUGUCAUCCACCAUAGAUGGCCAUGGAGGAAGAUUUUCACAUUAUGUGGAUUAAGUUUACCAGUUCUAGCAGGGAUCCAGCAGCAGCGCUAAAUGAGGAAGUGGUAGCACUAGGAAAAAUGCUGGAACAAUAACAUCUAUGUUAUGUUUCUAAUACCCCUUAAUGAUAAAUGCUCUUGGUCUUGUUCAACUAAGCACCCUCAAAAUGAGUUGUAAAGUGAGCAGCAGAGCUCACUUAGUAAAGUUGAAUCAAUCAUAUUGAUCUUUAAUCCGAACCACCACAGAUCCAGUAUAUAUGAGCUACAGUAUUGAGCUUCUUGGUUUUUUAUUAGUUUAUCAAUCAAUCAAUUAAAUUUUAUUUAUAAAGCGCUUUCCAACAGCCAAAAGGAGCACAAGGCGCCUAACAGAGUAAAAUAAAUAAGUAAAAGCAUUUAAGAAACACACAGUUCUAAAAGAAGCUAAGCGUCAAACGCUACACGGAACAAGUGUGUUUUCAGACAUUUAAAAACAUUUAAUUCUGAAAUAGACUGUAAAUGCGAUGGAAGAGAGCUUAGGGCCAAGAACGGAAAAAGAGCGGUCACCAUACUUUUUAUAUCUUGCCCUGGGGCAUUUGUAAAGGGCUAGCACACUUAAUAGCUCAUCACUCCUAGCAUAACAGCACAGUAAAGUGUGAGGCAAGUGGAUCAAUUAAGAAAGAGGACACCAUCUACUUGAGAUAAAAUCAUGUCGGACAAAUAGCUUGCUAUUGAAGUUACCCGUCUCCUUCAUACGACAAUACAAGUUGUUAUUAAUAAACCAUUUAAGAACAGUGGAUGCUGUCAAAUCUGUAAGAGCUGACCAUAGUUAAAAUACAACCAAGCUAACAAUAUGUAUACUUUAAAUCUUUUGACUUCAAGAUGUGCAGCUUAUUAAAAUGUAUUUAUGGUUUAUUUCAACCUGGAACAAGUGUCCUCAGAUGGCAAACUCUAAUGCAGUUACAUCUGUUCCAGGCAGCUAAUUUCUGUUUACUUUUGGUCAACAGGUUCCAUUAGUCGCCUCUAUCAUUUACACCAUUCAAAUGCCGUGUUGCACCACCUCUUUGCCCUGAAUCUCCACAAGGUGAAGAGUGCAAAGGUAGUAUGAUCCCUAAACAGCAUUAAUAGCAAAUGCAUCAGGUUGAAAUAAACCAGGAUUAUCCUUCAAGUCAUUAGUGGAAAAGAGUACACACAGCACUCUCUUAUAUCAUUUUCUUCCACUUUGUCAUGACUGUAUUUUUGUAUCUAUGAAAUGCACUACUGAUGACCAGAGUCUGAUCUGCCUAACAAAAAUUAGCCUGAGAAUGUUUUAGGUUCGGGCUGUUGAAAGAUACACAGAUAGUGUAGUCCUUUAAAGAAGCAGGAGCUACUAAAACUGCUACGAACUACAUUCUGUCCUUACUAUUCUUGACUCUUCAGGAACAUUUUUCCAUGAAAACAUAAGAAAUUUUGUACAUACUCUAACAACAAUUGCUGUUUUUUGUUACCUUAACAAAAAAUACCUUGUACAAUUCACUAAAUAUUUUAUCAUCAAGUGCCUCCGUCUGAUCUUGAUUAUUUUUCUGUGUCUAAAUAACUGGCUCUUAAACAUUUCUUGCUUGUAAACACUGUUAGAAGUAGGGCAGAGUCUCACUCAGAACACGACCUGUGUUGUACUAUACCCACCAGUGCCUUUGAUACUGUCAUGAGUGAAAAUUGUGAUUUUUGUUUUUAUAUAAAUAUGUAAAAAGCUGAAGACUGAACUAUGUAAUAAAACAUAUGUUGAAUAACUGCCUUACUGUAUUUUGACUUGAACACUGUACUGCAGUUCUAAUUACAAUAAAUGCAAAUUACAGAUGAA